UCUGCUUCAAAACAGACACACACACACACUCACGCACAAACAAACAAACAAACACACACGCGCAUUCGGAUUCAUGCGCACUCUCACUGUUGACAACUAAGGGGGGAGACUGUUGUGGAUUUUACAGCCAACAAGAGAGCGAGAGAGCGCGAGAAGGGAGGGGGACCAGACAGAACUUUCCACACAGAAGCAAGCUCCCUCGGAUCACUCAGCAACACCAUGUCUGGUUGCCUGGUUUCACCUGCCGCUUUGUGGAUUGGCUAAAAGCAAAACUCCGUUGAUUAACCUGCACAAACUCCUCAACACGGUCUGGACAGGCUGGACUGAGCAAGAGAAUGCUCUCCCAAGUCAUAAGGCUACUACAUGUCUUGUCUUUCUGCUUUCUCCAAAUGGGGUUGAUCAGACCUGGCAGCUCCAAAUCCCAGAAGCCCUUGUCCCCAUCUGACUUCCUUGAUAAACUCAUGGGCCGAACCUCUGGCUACGACGCGCGCAUCAGGCCCAACUUCAAAGGUCCUCCUGUAAAUGUCACCUGCAACAUAUUUAUCAACAGUUUUGGGUCCAUCACAGAAACAACAAUGGACUAUAGACUCAAUGUGUUUCUACGGCAACAGUGGAAUGACCCUCGACUGGCCUACAGCGAGUACCCUGACGUCUCCUUGGACCUGGACCCCUCCAUGUUGGACUCCAUCUGGAAGCCUGACCUGUUUUUUGCCAACGAGAAGGGGGCGAACUUUCACGAGGUCACAACAGAUAACAAGCUGCUUCGCAUUUUUCAGGACGGGAAUGUGCUCUACAGCAUCAGGCUCACGCUUAUCCUGUCCUGCCCAAUGGACUUGAAGAAUUUCCCGAUGGAUAUUCAAACCUGCACCAUGCAGCUUGAGAGCUUUGGUUACACCAUGAAUGACCUAAUCUUUGAAUGGAAAUCUGAUGGCCCGGUCCAAGUGGCAGAUGAACUGAUGCUGCCCCAGUUUGUCCUGAAAGAGGAGAAAGACCUUGGCUACUGCACCAAGCACUACAACACAGGUAAAUUUACUUGCAUCGAAGUGAAGUUCCACCUGGAGAGACAGAUGGGAUACUACCUGAUCCAGAUGUAUAUCCCGAGCCUGCUCAUCGUCAUCCUGUCCUGGGUGUCCUUCUGGAUCAACAUGGACGCGGCGCCGGCCCGAGUGGGCCUGGGCAUCACCACCGUGCUCACCAUGACGACGCAGAGCUCCGGCUCGCGGGCCUCCCUGCCCAAGGUGUCCUACGUGAAGGCCAUUGACAUCUGGAUGGCCGUCUGCCUGCUGUUUGUGUUCGCCGCCUUGCUUGAGUACGCUGCGGUCAACUUUGUCUCCAGGCAACACAAGGAGUUUAUCAGACUGAGAAAGAAGCAGAGGAGGCAGAGAAUGACACAGUCAGUUUACACGCUAAGCUCACCCGAUUCAGGACACUGCAUGGCGAUGAUCAAUGAGGAGGAGGACCUGGUGAGGGAUAGUCGAGGUUUCUACUUCCGUGGCUACGGCCUGGGCCACUGCCUGCAGACGAAGGACGGGACGACCGUGGAGGGGUCCACCGUGUUUGCGCCGCCGCCACCACCACCGCCCCCGAUACCCUUGCUGUACGACAGCGACUCGGUGCGCAAGCGCUUCGUGGACCGGGCCAAGCGCAUCGACACCAUCUCCCGAGCGUUCUUCCCCCUCAGCUUCCUCAUCUUCAACAUCUUCUACUGGAUCACCUACAAAGUGCUUCGACACGAGGACAUCCAUGCAAACUUGUAACCCGCCCUUCGCUUCUCUGGCUCUCUGUGUUCAGAAUAUUUAUUGCUACUUUGACUUUUCUUUUCUUUUUUUGUUCUUCUUUUAAACCAAAACUGCCUGUCAGAACCACAUUUAAAAAAAAAAAAAGAAUGAAAUAUUUCGGUGGCAUAUACUUGCUAUUUUAAGAGGAAAAAAAAGUGCUGUCAGUGCUAAACCUAUGUGCUCACUCAGGUGUGACUUCAGGAUUUCAAAAAACAUGUGAAAAGAAUCGAGAGAAAAGUAAAAAAGUGACUGAGAGAGAGUGUCCACUCCAGCCACAUGGAUUCUGAGUGGCACUGAGCUGUUGUUUCUAGAACAGUCCAUCUAUGUUUGAGAGGAUGGCUUCAGAUGACUAGCGAUGCAGGUCUUAGUGCCUCAAGAACUCCGUUCAGGCCUGGAGGCAAAAAGACAAGGUCUUCAGCGGACUGAUUUUCUUUUUUUUUCUUCGUUCUUUAACCAGAUGGAAUACACUGACUUGAAUUUCAUCACACAGCGCAUCUUUGAAUGAAUGUUUUUAAAAAAUAAUGUGUUUUUUAUAACCUCCAAUUGCCAAACAACUAAGGGGGGGGGUGGGUCUUUAAUAUCAGUGACUAAUCAACAGGUGAUGGUAUGUUGUUCACUUAUGUAUGACGAGGCUACACAGAUUAUAUAAUGUAAAAAAAAACUGUACAUAAACAGAGUUCCUCUCCUCAAUGAUUGCA